AUGGCGGACAGCGCAAGAGUUCCAGACGUUGUGGAACCUCCGCCUCCGCCACCCACGGGAGAGGAGCUCCUCCGCCAAGCGGGCUACAACGCUGUCGAUGCUCAGAAUUUGUCUGACUUCGAGGACGACAUCGAUGCGCAUGGUGAGCCUGAUCCAGACCACCCGCAGCCGCAGGGAACGGUGUUUAAUGGGAACAGUUCAUUCUAUUCGAGCGGCGCGAAUGGAGACAGCGCUGCCGUUGAACAAUCCAUCACACAGAGGCGUAGCGGAACGCCCGUUCCCGGCGGCGUGGCGGAUGUCGACCAUCUUUGGACCUCUUGGUUUGGGAAGAGAGACGACAUUGCCCAAAAGGAGGAACCAGCCGAAGAGAAUGCUGAAGUGCCGACGUCUGGAGACUCUACGGGCCAUCUUUUCUUGAGCUUGGACUACUCGAUCUCCGUGCCUUUCUACAAGAACGAGCAUGCGCCUACUAUCCUGCAGACGUUCCGGUUGGAGGAUUCCACUGCGCGUCUCGUACUCGAUCCUGCCGCAGACAACUCGCAUCAUCAGCACUUCGCCCGCUUCUGCUCUCGCCUCCAUGCCGGCGAACUGUUUGUCGAGAUGAUUGGCGUCAAGCUUCUCGCCAUGUAUUCAUCUGAAAACCGAGCAUUGGGUGAGCGCCUCGGAGCGCCUUCAAACCUGCUCGGUCUCAGCGACAGCGUGCUGGUCGCCCAGGUCGCGAUCGAAAACCAGUCAGGUUAUGUGGAUGCAGUGGCAUAUGCAGAUAAUACACAAUGGUCCACUUCGGUGUGA